CCCGAUGCUUCCAACCAUAAAUCGGCAUACAGGAUUUGGACUGACAAAAAAUUCCGGUUUCUCCUUUCGAGCAUGAUGAAAAUUGCCAACUCGGACUUUUUUCUCUUUUUCUUUUCUUUUUUUUCUUUCGUAUGCUGGUCACCUCCAAAAGCUCACAUACGAUGAGGAGCGCAAGAGUAGCAAGCUUCCAGCUUUUGAACAGCUGCAGCACACCACUCGCGGCAGGUCGAUCUUUAUCCAGACCAUUCGCGAGGUGUUUGUCGUCCGAUAGGCCAGGCUUCGAUCAACCAAAAGCAAACCGGUCCGGAACCGGUCGUCUGUCUUCCGGCAAGGCACUAUCCACCGAGAAGAAACAGACCAGCGUCGUCGACUAUGCCUUAACUAACAUGGACAGGCUGUUGGCCUGGGCACGCAACGGGUCCAUGUGGCCUCUGACCUUUGCCCUGGCCUGCUGCGGCAUCGAGAUGAUGCACCUGUCGAUGCCGCGCUACGACCAAGACCGUCUGGGCAUCAUCUUUCGCGCCUCGCCGCGCCAAGCCGACGUCAUGAUCGUGGCCGGCACCGUCACCAACAAGAUGGCGCCCGCGGUCCGACAGUGCUACGACCAGAUGCCAGAUCCCAAGUGGGUCAUCAGCAUGGGAACCUGUGCCAACGGCGGCGGGUACUACCACUACAGCUACAGCGUGGUGCGCGGCGUCGACCGCAUCCUGCCCGUCGACAUCUACGUCCCAGGCUGUCCCCCGACGGCCGAGGCGCUGAUGUAUGGACUUUUGCAGCUGCAGAAGAAGAUUCAAAAGACAAAGGUCACGCGGAUGUGGUAUCGAAAAUAGGGAGAAUUGGAUGUUGCCCAAAGUACUGGGGUACCUCCAAAGCUGGCAGCUCCCUUGUAAUGCUGCUUUUCGGGAGAAUCUUUACACUUAUGGCCGGCACACCGAUGGGGAAACUUUCUGAUAGUUUAAAUGUAAACUACCUAUCAACCUCCUUGAUACG